AUGGACAUUACCAGUAGCAAGAAGGAUGAGCUAUCAACCCUUACAUUUGAUGAGUCCCGAACUUCUUCUAGCCCUUACCAAAGAAACCCCACCAAAUGGGAGCGGUUUAAAGACUCUUUUAAGAGAUACGAAGAACAAUCAGCACCAGCCUGCGAAGGAUACGAGGAACUCACCGACCUUGAAAAGGCCAACUUGAAGACAGCUAACUCUCCUUUGAAACGAGAAUUGAAACCAAGACAUUUACAAAUGAUUGCAAUUGGGUCGGCGAUCGGAUCUGGUCUUUUAGUGGCCAGUGGAAGCGCAUUAGAAACUGGAGGUCCGUUGGCAGUUUUGAUAUGUUGGUCGUUGACGGGGUUGUCUGUGUUCUGCACAAUUCAUGCCUUGGGAGAAUUGACGGUAACGUUCCCAAUUUCAGGGUCUUUCAACGUUUAUGCCAGCAGAUUCAUCGACCCAUCGGUUGGAUUCGCAGUGGCAUGGAACUACUUUCUCCAGUAUUUGGUGCUUUUACCGUUAGAAUUGGUAGCUGGAUCAAUGACAAUACAAUACUGGAAUACCACUAUUAACCCCGACGUGUGGGUGCUCAUCUUUUAUGUUGUGGUUAUCUCAAUUAAUUUCUUUGGUGUCAGAGCGUAUGGAGAAGCUGAGUUUAUCUUCCUGUCCAUAAAAGUGGUCACAGUGACAAUGUUCAUUAUUGUGUGUAUUGUGAUUGCGGCAGGUGGUGCUCCGAACGGUCAGGCCGUUGGCGGCAAGUACUGGAGAGACCCUGGUCUUUUUGCCCAUGGCUUCAAAGGUGUCAGCUCAGUAUUCGUCACCCUGGCAUUUGCUUACGCUGGAACCGAAUUGGUGGGAUUAACUGCAGCAGAGUCUCAAAACCCUCGUGUAAGUUUACCUAAAGCUACCAAACAGGUAUUCUGGAGAAUCCUCUUUUUUUACAUGGUUUCUUUAACUCUCAUCUGUUUCUUGGUUCCAAGUAACGAUCCAAGACUUUUGGGAGGAACUUCUUCUGUUGACGUUACUGCAUCUCCUUUCGUUAUUGCUGUUGUUAACGGUGGCAUCAAUGUUCUUCCUUCAUUCAUGAAUGCAGUUAUUUUGGUAUCGGUCAUAUCUGUGGGUUCUUCCAGUGUCUAUGCAACAUCAAGAACUUUAACCGCAUUGGCAGAACAAGGAUUUGCACCCAAAAUAUGUGGCUAUAUUGACAAUUCAGGUCGUCCUUUGGUGGCCAUCAUCAUCACCAACGUCUUUGGCCUCCUUAGUUUUAUUGCUGCAAGUAACAAACAAUCCGAAAUCUUUACAUGGUUGAUGUCUAUCAGUGGAUUGAGUUCAAUCUUCACGUGGAUGUCGAUAUGCCUUGCACAUCUUCGGUUCAGAAGAGCAUUGCGCUAUCAGAACAGAACAACCGAUGAGCUUGCAUUCUCUUCCCAACCAGGUGUAAUAGGGUCGCUCUACGGGGUUGUUCUUUUCACAUUGGUGCUUAUAGCUGAGUUCUGGGUUUCAUUAUUCCCCCUCGGCCAAAGUCCCAACGCAAAGACCUUCUUUUCUAAUUACCUAGGCUUUGUGGUUCUUGUGGUGUUCUACAUGGGCCACAAAGUUUGGUCAGGAAAUUGGACGCUUUUCAUUAGGGCCAAAGAUAUGGAUAUUGAUACCGGACGUGGAGAGAAUGAUUUGGAAGCUCUUAAAGCAGAAUUGGCCCAAGAGAGAGCCGUGUUGCAGUCCAAGCCUCUCUUGUAUAGAAUCUAUCAUUUACUCUGUUAA